UUUGACCCCCUGAAUAAUAUAAUACAUAAAACAGAAGAAAGUGAAGAGGCAUGGCAUCCCUCAUUCCUGGGGUUCUACUGAAGCUUCUCCAAAGCAUGGAUUCUAAUGUGAAAGUUAAUGGAGAAUAUAGAUCAGUCCUUCUGCAAGUGAUCAGCAUUGUGCCUGCAAUAACUGGGUCUGAAUUAUGGCCUAACCAAGGUUUCUUCCUGAAAGUCUCUGACUCUUCUCAUUCAACUUAUGUUUCACUCUCAAAGGAAGAUAGUGAGCUUAUCUUGAGCAACAAGUUGCAGCUUGGACAAUUUUUUUAUGUGGAUAGGAUAGAAGCUGGAACACCACUCCCUAUUCUUGUUGAUGUUACACCGGUUCCUGGCAGGCACCCUUUUAUUGGAAAUCCUAAGGAUUUAAUGCAAAUGUUAGAGCCAUCAGAGGGUCCAGUGCAAUCUGAUAAUCAUCCUAGAAUUAAUCGUUCAAAAUCCAUGAACUCAACAACAGCCAAAGAAAGCAGAAGUCCAUGGCAGAAAAUUGUUAUUAAAGAGGAAAAAUCUGCUGUUGCAUCCAGGUACAUGCGGGGUGUUAGAAGUUCAACCUCAAAUAUUAAUGUGCAUGAUGCUAGUGAAGAAAGAAAAGGAAAUGAUUUUCAGAAUGAUGUAGACAGUAGUAAGAAAGUGGGAUCUGCAAAAGUAAAACUGCAAAAAUUACAGGCACUCUCAGUGAAUACAACUCGGACUCUACUACUUGAAACAUCUUCACCAAGGCAGAGGAUUGCUCAAUCUAACAUUCAGGAGAUUGCCAUGUCACCUUCUAAGCGCAUAUCUACCAAACAUAAUUCUACUAAAGUGGAAACUACAAACUUGAAUAUUUUGCCAAGCAGUGAAGAUAAAAGCUGGAGCACAGAGGCAAUUCCAUGGUCCUCUCUGCCUGACAAACUUCUGAGUCCUGGAAAGGAAUUGCUUAGAAGGAAACAUCUAGCCUCCAUGGUUGCUGUAGAAGCUCAAAAAGAAGUUACUGCUUCUGCAGUCCUUGCCAAGUUGUUAAGUAUGUUUGCCAACAUCUGCACCUCAGCUGCCUCAGAGAACCCUCAUGUCACACUGAACAAGUUUUUUUCCUUCCAAGAACUCAUCAACCAGUCAAAUGGUACAAGUACAGUUCCACACACAGAUAAAUUACUUAAUCUAUAUAAAGUUUCUUCUCUUACAGAAACAGAAAAAAAUGACAAGAAAUCAGUUUUAGUACCUGGGAAAAUUUCAUCAAAGUCUCCAAAAUACUCACCAGAUUUAUCAGACACUGAGAAACAAGAAUGGGCCACAGUAAAUGGUCUAAAAGAGAUUAAUGAACUGAGAGAAGUCCUUGUGAUUGAAACAAAAUCAUGGUUUUUGAAAUACCUGGAAAAAACAUUGGAUGUCUGGUUUUCCAUAAGCUCCCAAGAGAAGAGGGGAAAGACGGGUAAGGACACUGCAGGGAAGAAAAUGAAUCAUGCCAAUCAUAUAGCUCUCACAUUGUCACUACUUAAGCAAGCAAAUGAAUGGUUGGAGAAACUGAGAAACACUUCAAACAUGGAAAAUGAAGCGCUGUUGGAAACUGUUGACAGAUUGAAGCAAAAAGUUUAUUCUUGUUUGCUCCUACAUGUUGAUUCUGCUGCAUUUGCUUUGGAAAACCGAGCUUGAUUAUUGGAUAAUGAUACGUUUCAAAGCUUAUAUUCUAUUUAAAGUUAUUUAUAAGUUAAAUUAUCUUGUGUGGUUGAGACAGACAUGGUUAAUGGAAGCUUGGCCAACUGUUUUUCAAAAUGUAAUGUGAUAUAAUGACAAUAAAGACCAUCCUUUUGAAGGGC